CUACAUCACAUGCACAUCCAUGGUGAAGAAAUUUACCCCAACCGUGCAUGAAUUCAGAAACAAAGCAGUUGGCCGAGAACUUAUGGUCCCAAAACUGGAACACGUUUAUCUCGUCCUCCAGUGAGAUUGCUGUGCUUUAAAUCCUCCACCCUUUGCUAGCUUUUCCUCUUCAACUCAAUCCAAAAACUAGAGAGAGAGAGAGAGAGACAGAGAGAGAGAGAGGGAGAGAGGGAUCAGAUGGCUGAUCCAAGCCCUCUUCUCAAGCGUCAAAGUCCGACGACGUCGCCGUCCAUCGAAGAUACGAUCGAAAGCUGCAUCGGUCCGUCGGGCCUGGCACAACUCCUCCAGGCCUUCAUCAUCUCCUUCGCCUGGUUCUUCGAUGCGCAACAAACCUUCAUCAGCAUCUUCGCGGACACGUAUCCUUCGUGGCGCUGCACGUACAGUAAAUACCCGUCCUGCUCGUCCGCUACUCCCUGCAGCCUCCCUCCGGCCUCCUGGUCGUGGAGCCAGUCGAAAGAGACAUCGAUAGUCUCUGAGUGGAACCUCGAGUGUGCACCUCCUGCACUCCUCGGCCUCCCUGCGUCGGCUUACUUCUCCGGAUGCCUCGCUGGGGGCCUGAUUCUCGCGACUUUCGCAGAUUCCUGGCUUGGCAGAAAGAAAAUGAUCGUCCUGUCGUGCCUCACUAUGUCAGUGUCCGCGUCGCUGGCUGCGGUAUCGCCUAACAUAUUCGUCUACGCGGCGCUCAGAUUUGUGUGCGGGUUUGGUCGGGCGACGGUGGCCACGAGUACGAUUGUGCUGUCGACGGAGAUCGUCGGGAGGAGGUGGAGAGACCGGGUCAGCAACUUCGGGUACUUCUGCUUUACUCUCGGAUUCCUGUCUUUGCCCGGCAUGGCUUAUUUAGGCAGAGGCUCCUCCUGGAGGAACUUGUACAUUUGGACGUCCGUUCCUUCUUUCUGCUACACCGUCCUUAUUUGCUUCCUAAUAAGAGAGUCUCCGAGGUGGCUUUUAAUCCGUGGGCGGAGGGACGAAGCGGUCGAGGCUCUAAAGCGCAUAGCCAAAUCUAACAGGUCGACUGUCGUCGAUUUCACUGUUUCGGACGUUCCGUUCGUCGACGAGGAAAGCGAGCUGAAAAAUGUUGGUGUGUAUUCAGCAUUGAGGAUACUGUGGCAGAAAAAAUGGGCUUCGGCGGAGACUGGCGGGCAGUUAUUGUUGCGUCUCCACGCGUAUCCGGGAGCUAACGGACUCAUUGCUGAUCUCCUUCUUUCUAAUCGGAAAAGUGAACCGCCGAACGUCGACGUUGGCCUUCACGACGGUGAGCGCAGUGUGCAGCGUAUCCUGCGUGUUCCUGCGCGCCAACGGGCUGCAGAUGGCCGCCGAAGUGAUUUCGUUCUCCAGCGCGUGCGCGGCGCUGAACGUGUUCACUAUAUACAGCGUCGAGUUGUUCCCGACGUGUGUGAGGAACUCGGGGGUGUCGAUGCUGCGGAGGAGAGGAGGAGGGCGGUGUCGUUCGGGGUGUUUGGGCUUCUGGUGGGCUGUUGUGGGCUCUUUACUGUUUGUUUGCCGGAGACGAGAGGGAGGGGGAUGAGUGAUACUAUGGAGGAGGAAGAGGACAAGAUGCAUGCCGUGUCAGCUAAUGUGGAUUCCGUGUAGGAGUUUGUUACGGGGGUUUCGGGUGAUUAAUUAAAAGGUUAGUUUGGUAAUUACAACUAAUCUAUUUUGUGACGUAGAGCACCUCAUUUCUCUAUGGGUGGUUCUGAUGUACGUGUGAGGCAUUUUGAAGAUACUGAAGAGAGAGAGAGAGGGAGAGAGAUGCAUACACAUACUGUUUUUGGAACUAUUUUGCGAGUACAAAUUCUAUCAGAACACCCCGCUUAUAGUGAGGUGGUUUGUACCUUUCGGGGCGGCCGAGAGUUAGUUUGGGAAUUCUGAUCAUCGUUUGGGUGUGUAUCUUUCGGAGAAAGUUGUAGGGGAGAUAUAAAAAGUGAAAUGGCAGUAUAUAUAUCUAAGCCUCAAAA